CUGAUUUUGGGGUUCAUUCACAGGUCAUUGUCAUGUCCGGCCAUGAGACCAUCCGGGUGCUGGAGGUGGGGGUGGAUGGGGACCCCAAAAGCGCCGGGGAGGGAGCGGGGGGGUCCCCGGGACAGGGGGGCCCCCCAGGAGUGGAGGACGCUCCCGGCAGCACCCCGAGCUCGUCCAGCGGGGACACAGCAGGCAAACCCAAAGCACCAUCACCUGUCCCCGCUGUCCCCUCGAGCCACGCCCCGAGCCAGCCCGCGGUGACACACCUGGCCGUGCAGGCCACGCCACAGGUGUUGGCUCAGGAAAGCUUAGCCACAGGUGUGACAGGAGUAAUGGUUCCGGCAGGGCCCGUUACUCAACCUCUUCUUAUCCCCAUCAGUAUUGCAGGUCAGGUGACAGGCCAGCCGGCGCUGGCCCUGGUGACAAUUCCCACAGCAACGCUGGCCGCCGCCGCGCUCCCGGGACUGACGCCGGCGGCACCCGCGGGGGCGCUUUUCAAAGCCAAUCUGGCAGCUGCCGCCGUGCUCAGCCCCGCUGUCCCCGCUGUCCCCGCUGUCCCCGCGGUCCCGGCGCCCCCCGGGCCGCCCCCCCCGGCGCCCACCCCCCCGAAGGAGCCCCCGAUGGCAGCGCAGCCCCAGAUCACCGGACUGACCUUUAACCCCGGCAUUCUCACGGCCGCUCUGGGGGCGCAGCCGCAGCUCCUGGGCUCGCUCAGCGCCCCCCCCGUGAUGGCCACGCCUGUCCCCAGCGUGCAGGGACAGCUGCUGACCAACGCCCAGGGACAGGUCCAGCCCAUCCAGCCGGCCCCGCCCGGGGUGGCCUCGAGCCCCGCGCCCGUGGCCAAAGUGCCACCGGCACCGGUGGCCGUGCCCUGCGCCGAGACCCCGACCGUGAGCCAGCUGGUGGCCAGUGAGUUCGAGAAGCUGGACAUCACCCCCAAGAGCGCCCAGAAGCUGAAGCCGGUGCUGGAGAAGUGGCUGCGGGAGGCGGAGCAGCGGCAGCGCGAGGGGCAGCAGCGGCUGCUGGAGUUCGUGGGGGGAGAGCCGGGCAAGAAGCGCAAGCGCCGCACGUCCUUCACCCCGCAGGCCCUGGAGGCGCUCAACGCGCACUUCGAGCGCAACGCGCUGCCCACGGGCGCGGAAAUCACSCGGAUCGCGCAGGAGCUGCGCUACGAGCGCGAGGUGGUGCGCGUGUGGUUCUGCAACCGCCGCCAGACGCUCAAGAACACCAGCAAGCUCAACGUGUUCCACGUGCCGUGAGCGGGGAUCGGGGGUUUGUCGCUGGGUCACCUGUGCCCGCCCUUUGGUCACCUGCCAUCAGCACUCCGGGGGUGUCCCUGUGUCACCUGUGACUGCCCUGAGCCCCUCCAGCUACUGGGGGUGUCCCUGUGUCACCUGGGGUUGUGCCUCCGGUGUCUGGGGGUGUCCCUCUGUCACCUGGAGUUGUCCCCCAGGGGCGCUGGGGUGUCCCUGUGUCACCUGUGCCCGCCCUUCGGUCACCUGCCAUCAGCGCUCUGGUCUCCGGGGGUGUCCCUGUGUCACCUGUGCCCACCUUUCGGUC